AUGAACACGCGGGCGCUGGCCCGGUGCUACACCUGCCAGCUGGCCUCCUCGUCGGCCGCAGCAUCGGUCCCCGCGCCCCUGCUCUCCCGCCAGGCCCUGCGUCUCGCCUCCACGGCCACCAAGCCGGCCAAGGCCCCCAAGGCGAAGCCGGCCGUCGAUGUCGCCGCCGUGCCCAAGAAGAAGAUCAGCACCAAGAGCACCACCAGGCCCGCCGCGCCCAAAACGACCACGACCACGGCCACCAGGAAAAAGGCCGCCGCGGCGUCCGCACCCGCCGCGGCCCUCGAGACGGCCGCUGCUCCCGCGGCACCCGCCAAGCGCAGCACCACCACCACCAGGGCGAGCUCGACCAAGGCGACAUCGUCUGCGUCCGCAGCCAAGUCGGCCACCACUACCGCCACCAAGAAAAAGGCCGCCGCGACCACGACGACCACCCGCAAGGCGUCGUCUUCGUCGUCAUCAAGCAAGCAGCAGCAGCAGCAGGAGCCGCCGGCCUCGGACCUGCGCAAGAAGACGCCGAGCGCCGCCAAGGACGCCCUGCAGGCCGCGCGGCCGAGCGACUCCGGCGCCGGCACCCCCUUGUCGACGCCGGGGACGACGUCCAGCGGCGAGGCCGGCGCCAGCCGCAACCCGGGCGUCGGCACGGCGCCGCGGCCCUCGGCCACCAACGCCCCGCCGUCCAGGAGCGACGUGCUGUCGUCCAUGCACAAGGACAAGCCGUCGGAGCCGCCCGUCCACCCGGACAAGCCGGCGACGGCCGCCGACCCUUCCGGCGGCGCGGGGGGCCAGUACAAGCAGGCCGCGUCGAGGUACACGCGGCUCAUGGUGGCGCUGCCCAUCUUGCUUGUGACUUCGUACUAUCUGUUUGAUCGAUGUGAGUCCUCUCUUUUCUAA